UACUUCCUUCACAUGUGAGCCAAUUAAGAUCCGGCCAAGUCAUUUAUUGAGAUUCACAUGACUCCACACAUUUGCUCCUUUGGGAAAAUAGAUAACUGACACAUCUUCAACCUUUUCACCGCCCUCUCUUAGAACUUUAAAGGUUUAGCUACAAAUUCAAUUCAAAUCAGAGACUGAAAUCAAACCACACAACCAAAUCAAACAGUGGUCGACAACGAUGGAGAACAACGCCGAGGAGUCGCGGAAGCAAGCGAGGCUCGCCAUUAUGGAGCUGGCGAACAUGAUAAGCGUUCCCAUGUCCCUCAACGCCGUCGUUCGCCUCAACGUCGCUGACGCCAUCUGGCAAGGCGGUUCCAACGCUCCUCUCUCCGCCGCACAGAUCCUUGAGCGCGUUCUUCCUGGCGGCGACGCUGAGAACCUCCAGCGCGUCCUCCGUAUGCUGGCUAGCUACGGCGUCUUCGAGGAGCACAUCGGCGGCGGCAAAAGAACAUACUCCCUGACGGACGUUGGCAAAACGCUCGUUUCCGAUGAACAAGGCCUAUCCUAUGCGGCUUAUGUUCUCCAACACCACCAGGAUGCGUUGAUGAGAGCAUGGCCAUUGGUACAUGAGGCAGUUGUGGACCCUACGAGGGAGCCCUUUGAGAGGGCAAACGGAGAGGCAGCAUACAUGUACUAUCUGAAGCAAUCAGAGAUGAACGAGUUAAUGUUGAAGGCCAUGUCAGGGGUCUCAGUGCCCUUUAUGAGGGCAAUGUUGGAUGGAUAUGAUGGCUUCCAAGGUGUGGAGAAGUUGGUGGACGUGGGUGGCAGCGGCGGUGACUGCCUCCGCAUGAUCUUGCAGAAACACCCCUCCAUCAAGGAAGGAAUCAACUUUGACCUCCCUGAAGUUGUCGCCAAAGCACCACAAAUUCCAAGUGUAACCCAUGUGGGUGGUGACAUGUUCAAAUAUAUUCCCCAAGCGGAUGCUAUCUUUAUGAAGUGGGUGCUGACAACAUGGACCGACGAGGAAUGCAAGCACAUAAUGGUGAACUGUUACAAGGCACUUCCAAAGGGAGGAAAACUAAUGGCUUGUGAGCCAGUGCUUCCAGAAAAUUCCGAUGAUAGUCACAGAACCAGAGCAUUGCUUGAGGGUGAUAUAUUCGUGAUGACAAUCUACAGAGCCAAGGGGAAGCACAGGACUGAAGAACAGUUCAGGCAGCUAGCCAUUUCAGCAGGUUUUAAUCGUUUCAGAUCCUUUCAUGUUGACCAUUUCUAUACCGUCCUUGAGUUUCAGAAAUGAAAAGUUAACUGCUCAGUGUUUCCAUGAUUUUAUGGACUGAAUCUAUGUGGUUCGUGGUAUAAUUUGGUUAAAUGUUUUUGGAUAUAUGUGUUGGUUGGUUCAAAACAUCAAAUUAAAUAAAGGCUUAAUCCUGUUUUUGAUCCCUAA